AUGGACCCUUCGGCAACGUUGUUAAGUAUUCUUCACAAAAGCCAAACGUCACCUUCCGAAUCGACAAUGGCUGGUCAAAGAAGUCCACCAACACCUUCCUAUCCGCCUUCGCAACCAACUCCACCUCCGAGGCAAAGUCCUCCUAAGACUUUUGGUUUCAAUCAGACAUUUACUCAGCAAACUGGGUAUAAUUCCACUGUUACUUAUUCACCAGCUACUGUGCCACCACCGCCACCACCAUUACCUGAGCCAGAAGUAAUGUCACCUAGCCCUUUGACGUCUUUGUUUAAGACUAUAAAUCCAAAUUCCCUUACUUCACCUGUAUCAACGACGCCACAUAGUGUUGUAGUUAGCCAAAUACAAAGUCCUUCAAAUGGCGAAUUUAAAAAUUUAUCCUCUUCAACAGCAGUUGACCCAACCUUAAACGUCGAUAAAGCUUCAACCGAAUCUCUUAAACUUGCACUAUUUGGCCGUCCUACACCAGUCACAAGCCUUGAAGAAAGUCAGCAAGAAAACGAAAUCCAAUAUCAACCUGAAACAUCAAUGGUUUCAAAUGAAAGUCCAGAAGAUGAAGAUAACUCUUUUCUUGAAGAAACAUCUGAAAUAGAUGAACAUUUAUCAUCUCCCACUGAAGUUAUUGAUUACAACAAAUUAUCUAGUUUGGAAUCGAUUAAACCAACUUCCACUACUACAGCUAUUAAACAUUCACCGCCCAUGACGAACAAAUCAAUAUUCACAUAUAGCAAUCCAUUUGACCUUUUAAAAAAGUCACCGCCAUCUUCUCCUUCUCAUCGGCACCCCGUCGUUCAUCAGUGGCCGUCACAAUCAUCACCACCCUCACAAAAGAAAAAAGAUGUGUCAACAGUUCAAAAAGAAGGUGGGAUUUUCUAUAGAUCUCAACAACAAAUUGAACCAUUCCUUUCUGGAUUUUCAGCUUGGAAUGUACGCGCGAGCGCAGCACCCAAAGGUCAAACAAGUAUUCCGGAUGGUGUAAGACUUCCCAGAGGAGUUCUUCUGUAUGAUACUGGCGAACGAAAUGAAAAGGUCUUGUGCUCAAAGGAUUUGAAUCUUACAACCAUAACUCUUAUUCCAAGUGAUUUAGAAUAUCGUCUUGGAAAAUCCAUUGCGGUAAACGGACGUUACAUAUGCUAUGUUGUUAAAGGUGGGAAAAUUAGAGUGAUUAGCACUUUAUAUGGAAGCAGAACUUUAUUACGGAAUCAUGACAAGGAUAAGUCUAUACUUGAUAUGUGUAUCCGGGAAACGUCACACGAUGGACUUGAUCAAGGGCAGUCCGAAAAGCAACUACUUUUGGCUAUCGGUGGUGAUAGUAAAAUCACUGUCUGGGAACUUUCUGAACCACCAUCUGAACCAAGCGUGGAAAUCCCACACAAAGUGUUACUUGAAAUUGAUGCCAAAGAAUCACUUGAGGAUUCGAAACAAUCACGAUAUCAUCGUGCCGUAUGGCAUCCAUUGAAUCCAAAUUUAUUUGCAGUUGCUGUUGAUACGAACGAAGUUAUGAUCUUCGAUAUUAGCAAGAUUUUAGAGGGUAGUGAAACGCAGAGUUUUAAGGAAUCAGAAAUAUCUGGCAAGAUACUAAAAUCUCAAAUUCAUUUUAAGCCCAUUAGCGACUUAGCCUUUUCUUAUGAUGGGACAAUUUUGGCGACUGCAAGUGAAGACUGCGUUAUUUUUAGUGCACUAAAUCAAGAGCCUGAAUCUGAUAUUAGUAUUACCCUCGUGCGCAAAAUCAUUCUUGAUGGACAGCAAGUGUCCUCUGUUUUAUUUGUUGAUGGAGGAGAAUUUUCAUCGGAACAAUCUUCGGUUAAAUUCCGGUAUGUAGUCAUUGGCACGGAACGUAACACUAUUCUCCACCUCUACGAUGUAGAGUCUGAUCAGUACAUACAGUCGAUCAAAUUUUUACCACCACCCGAACGUCGCCCUUCAUUAAACAAAGGCUAUCGAAAGGAAGAAGCCAUGUUCAAUUGCGUUAGCUUUGAUCGUCGAUCACACACCCUUGUGAUAACUAAUAGUGCCAGGAUAUCUAUCUUUGCUCUGCAUCUGAACAUGCCAAGCAAAAAUUUAGAUAAGCUUGACUUGUUCAAUCAAUCCAGCUUGAUGGGUAAUGGGCAGUUUGAAUACGAUUCUGUAACAACUCCGGAUGAAUUUCCCAUCUUGAAUUCGGUACAAUUUGAUUAUAUGGUCGAAUAUCCGGUAAAUCAAUUAAUUGGUAGCUUCGUUAUAAUACCAGAUACUACAUCUUCCGAUGGAUUUUCGUUAUAUUGUAUUCAAUCUAAAGCAGUACAACAAUACUGUAUAAGUGGCGAUUUGCUGUUGCCUCCGAAUAUUGAUACAUGUACUGAAUAUGUAAGUGCGGUACGUGUUCUUGAUCGACAACGGCAAGAAGAUGAGGAUGAUGUCAAGAAAGAGCAAGGUGCCUUUUCGGAAUCAUUUGAUUUUUCGUCAAAUGCUGAGGGCACUACUGUCGAAGAAAAUAUUGCCGAAAAAGACAUUAACAAAGAAACAUUAGUAGUUGAAAAUUCAUACUUCGCAGGUGAUGGACCUGAAGUAGUUUCUGUAACUUCUGAGAUUGAUGAAUCUACAUCGACAGUGAAGCAAAAUAUAAUAGAGGGAAAUAUAUCAGAGUCUACGUAUUUACAUGAUGAAAGUGAAGCAAAACAUGCAGAAAAUCAAAAAUCGACAAAUAUUAAAUUGUCUACGGCUGUUAAUGGUGCCAUAGCCAAAUUGAAAGAGAAAAAGAAAACAAUUGCUGCGACUAAUACUGCAUCGGCGGUUCAAAAUACAGAUAUAUCUUCAGAUUCAGAAAAGGCUUCAAGGCGGAAGGAAUCACGUCGAGGAUUAGAAAAGGAAAAGGACAACGAAAAUGUUAUCCAAUCUUCUGAGGUGACUAACAAGUCCGCUAGCAAAAAAUCUGCCGAAGGAGUCUCAAAGAAUGGGAAAUCAAAUACAGGCGGUGAAAAAAACAGGAAGGCGACAGAAAUACUUCAAGAUGGUGUGAGUAUUAAAGCAUCCAGUGGAAAAUCUUAUUCAAUAACAAAAACUUCUGGCGACGUAUCUGGUCCGGAAGUACCUCCUAUGAUUGGACAGUCUUCGACGACAGCUUCUGUCGCCGGAAUAUCACCAGCUCAAAUGCAGACAAUAGUGAAGGAAAUAAAAAAAAUGGAAGACAACGUUACCAAUAAGAUCGGAAAGAUGUUUUCAAAAGAAUUAGAAAAACAGUUUCAAAAAAUUGAAGAUGAACGCAUAGCUCAUCAAGCUGCAGAAACUUCGCGCCAAGAAGCAAUUCUUAAAAUAGUUUCUCAGACGCUAAGCAACAAUACAGCCAAAUUAUUGGAAUCAACGAUCCGUAACGAAAUUCAAACUUCAGUUUUACCGACAUUAAACAAGAUGGUCACUAAUGCUGUUGACAAGCAUGCACAUAAAGGAAUGGUUGAUGCUGUGAAUAAGAACAUUCCAACUGCUAUUGAAAAAUCUGUAGCAGAUAAUGUACAACGUGUUCUUGCAAAAACCACAGUCAUAGAAUCAAUCGCUAAAGGUGUCUCCAAGGCUAUUAGGCCGGUUAUCGAGGAAACAUUCAGAGAAAAUUUUACAACAGUACUCAUUCCGUCCUAUCAAAAAGCUACCAAUGCAAUGUUUGAGCAAAUAACUGCUACUUUUGAGGCUGGUCUACAAGAUAUCGCUCAUAAGAGCGCGCAAGUCUCCUCAUAUUCUAAUAUUGGAAGUGUUGGCGAUCAGAAUGCUUUGGCACGCUUGCAGGCUUCUUUGGAGCAUUUAAAUUUAUCCGUACAACAACUUCAGCAAUUACACCUACAAGCUAACCCACAAUCAAAUCUCACAAGACAUGUUGAGCAACCAGUAGCUCGUACAUCUGACGAAUUGCAACAUCAUUUAGCUCGAUCACUUUCGGGUGAAUUGAAACGUAUGUUGAUUCCACAUAACUGUGCUACGACUCAACCACCACCCUCUGUAACUCAGCAAGAAACGGCAUUGGAAGCUCAGAAUUAUGAAGAUGCAUUUGUGGCGGUUCUUGCAUCACAUGAAUUGUCUCUAAUUAUACGCCUUUGUAAUAGUGUUAACCCGAAGACCGUAUUUCCGCCUGCGAGACCCUUACUUUCACAGCCUGUCAUCCUUUCGCUUAUUCAUCACCUUUCCUUAGAAUUAAAUAAAUAUUCUGAACUCAAGCUUGCAUGGAUGGAGGAGGCGGUUAUUAAACUUAAUCCAAAAGACCUUAUAAUUCGAGAGCAUUGUGAAAGGCUCUUACCGAUGGUGAAACAGCGACUAGAACAGUAUUAUUAUCAAGUUGCAGCUCAAGAUCCACAAAGCCCUAAUCUGAAAAACAUAUCUGUUCUAGUUCAUGUCGUUAAUAGUCUAUUAAUAUAA